AUGUUGGAGACUGCUUUUAUUUUGGUUCAAAGAAUAUGUUCAUCGAUAUGGUUAAGAAGAGUGUACCUUGGAGACGGAAUGCCCAAGGGCAGUUCUUCCUCCUCUUCUUCACUGAAAAAUUCUUGUCCGGGCGCAAAAGGAAUACAACUCCAAAAAUACAACUAAG